GCCUUCCUCUGACUCCGCGCCGGGGCCGCCCGUACGAGAGCGCCCUGCCAAGUCGACGCGCCCGUUCGCCCGCCCCCGUAGCAUGGACCGAGGGCUCUACGCGGGGCCGUCCGCUGCACCGCCGCAACCGCCGUCACUCGUGGCCUGUGUCUCUGUCGACGGCUGCCGUCGCACGAGGUCCAUGUUGCUCCUAUUCUAGGGAAGAGAGAGACCUUCGAGAGGCCGUCGUGUUCGCGUGGUUCUCUUCGCGCCCAUGAACCCGCGGCGGCGCCCGCACCGGCGGCGCCCCAUCGCCCAUGGAGCGGUGCUGCUUCUGCGGCGAGCGGCGGCCCGCUAGCCAACACGAGCCUCUCCUGACGGUACCCGUGCGCCGGUGCCGUGCCGGACUGGACUGGCGGCGCUCGGUGAAUCCCACUAGCGCGUCCGUUUGCGGUUGUGGCGUUGCGAAGCCGUUUGGCUCGCUCGACCUUGCCACAGUCUUCGUUGUCGUAGGGCGGCUGGGACGCGCCCAAGGCCGGAGGAGGCCCGCCGCCAUGCGGGGCCCUUGCGCCACCGGCAGCGAGUCGGCCCUAGACCGAGCGGCGGCCCUAGUGGCACGGCGUUGCUGCGGGCCGCUGCCUCCCGUCAACGUAGUCGUCGGUCGCCACCGACUCUGAGGAGUGGAGCUGCGCGCGCCACCGCUCAACUCUUUUCUGGGCGGAUGAUCGGCCGGGCGUGCGGCGGCGGCGCCCGCUGAGCGGCGGCGCGAUGCAGCGUGCCCGGUCGCUGUCGUCGCUGCCGCCGGAGCCGUUCAUGAUCAUGCGCAGCAAGGCGCUCAACCGGCGCGUGGUCAUCAACGUGGGCGGCGUGCGCCACGAGGUGCUGUGGCGUACCCUGGAGCGGCUGCCGCACACGCGGCUGGGCCGGCUGCGCGAGUGCAACACGCACGAGGCGCUGGCCGAGCUGUGCGACGACUACUCGCUGGCCGACAACGAGUACUUCUUCGACCGGCACCCGCGCUCGUUCGGCGCCGUGCUCAACUUCUUCCGCACCGGCAAGCUGCACUUGGUCGAGGAGAUGUGCGUGAUGGCCUUCAGCGACGACCUGGAGUACUGGGGCAUUGACGAGCUCUACCUGGAGUCAUGCUGCCAGCACCGCUACCACCAACGCAAGGAGCACGUGCACGAGGAGAUGCGCAAGGAAGCCGAGUCCCUGAGACAGAGGGACGAAGAGUACUUCGGCGAAGGACGCCGAGCCCAGCUGCAGAAGUUCCUGUGGGACCUGCUCGAGAAGCCCACCUCGUCUCUGGCCGCCCGGGUGGUGGCAGUGCUGUCGAUCCUCUUCAUCAUCCUGUCGACGAUCGCGCUGACGCUCAACACGCUGCCCGAGCUGCAAGAACGUGACCACAAGGGAGAGGUGGUGGACAACCCCAAGUUGGCGCUGGUCGAGGCCGUCUGCAUCACUUGGUUCACGCUCGAGUACCUGCUGCGGUUCCUGUCGUCGCCCAACAAGUGGAAGUUCUUCAAGGGAGUGCUCAACGUCAUCGACCUGCUGGCUAUCCUGCCGUACUUCAUCUCGCUCUUCCUCACCGAGACGAGCAGCAAGAAGCAGGACCAGUUCCAGGACGUGCGUCGCGUGGUGCAGAUAUUUCGCAUCAUGCGCAUCCUGCGAAUCCUCAAGUUGGCCCGCCACUCGACCGGACUGCAGAGCCUGGGCUUCACGCUGCGCAACAGCUACAAGGAGCUCGGGUUGCUCAUGCUGUUCCUGGCUAUCGGCAUCAUGAUAUUCUCCAGCCUGGCAUACUUCGCCGAAAAGGAAGUGGCCGACACCAAGUUCACCAGCAUCCCGGAGACUUUCUGGUGGGCAAGUAUCACCAUGACUACCGUCGGCUACGGAGAUAUCUGUCCGACCACGCCUCUGGGCAAGAUCGUCGGUAGCGUCUGCUGUAUCUGCGGCGUGCUCGUCAUUGCGCUGCCCAUCCCCAUCAUCGUCAACAACUUCGCCGAGUUCUACAAGAACCAGAUGCGCCGGGAGAAAGCGCUCAAGCGCAAGGAGGCCCUGGAGCGUGCCAGGCGUGAAGGCAGCAUCGUCUCCUUCCACCACGUCAACCUGCGCGACGCCUUCGCCAAGAGCAUGGACUUGGUCGACGUCCUUGUGGACACGGCCCAUGGCACCUCCCAGGGCGACGCCAUCAGCCUCGGUGAAGAGUCCGCGGCCCGCCUGAACGCCGGCUGCUUCCGCAACUACGAGCACACGCUACAGGCUGCCGCCAGCGGCGGCUGCUCAGGGGUACCACCUGGAGGAGGAGGAGCCCGAGGCGCGUCGGACCCUCUCCUGCUGCCGGAGCCGCUCAACUCUCUCAGCGGCAGUCGCCAGCAAGCGGCGGGCCAGACGCUGGCGGCCUCGCCCGAGUUCCUCGAAGGCGACUUCCGGGCCAACAUAGAGCUCAAGACUAUCAACCGCUGGGACGUCGGCAGCGUGGAGAGCUCGGACACGUACCUGUCCUGCGCCACGCAGCCGUUCGCCUCGCAGGCGGACCUGAGCCAAGAACCGGCGGCCGGCCAACAACAGCAGCCAGUGCAGCUGGUGCGGCCGCGGUUCCUGCAGGGCGUGCGCACCAAGGCCCGCUUCGACCCCGUGGACGCCACCCGGGCGCUUCGACCGGAAACCAUCGAGCUGCCGCGACCCGAGCCGCACGUGUUCGCGCCCUCGGCCGCGCACAAGGCGUCGCCUUUCUCCAAAGUGCUGACGCUGUUCGGCGGCCAGUCGGGCAAGUACGGCGGCGGUUCGGGGGACCCCGGCGAGCGCGCGGAGCCGCCGCCGCCGGCGACCCGCGGCGCCGCCAAGUCCAUCCUGAAGAAGCCCGAGGAGCGGAGCACGGCGUCGACGGGCACCGCGACCACGCCCAGCCUGGGCGCACUGUGCGUGCACACGGUGGACGUGAUGUGCUCGCCGGUGCGCGCCGAGAGGACGCCCCUGCUCACCGCGCAGGAGGAGGACGGCAGCCCCGCCAGGGAGCCGCGCUCGUAGCCAGAGUGGCCUAGUGCGUGUGCGUGGGGGCUGCCGGAAAGGGGGGGCUACGCAGCGGCACCACACGGUGCGUCCCGGGCGCCGCCGCGGGCGCCAUAAUUUCGGGGCCUCGGUGGGGGGCGCUACUUGUCUCCUCCGGGAUCCCCACCGAGGCCCCAGGCGGCGCCGCGCGAGCGCCCGGGACGCCCGGAGGAGACCCCAUCGUCACCGACACCCACCGCAGCGGCAGCAGCAACAGCCACCGACGAUGUGACCUCAUCUCGCGCUUGUACAUACCUCAUUGGACAACCACCACAGCAUUUCCUCCUCAUUUUUUUUUAUUUUAUAUAUCGAACUCUAGACUGCUCGCUAUCUCACAUUCUUGGUGCGAAUAACGACCCUGCUCACUUACGCCUUCGUGUUACUCAGCGCACUACAACCAUUCGUCUGUGUGUGCCACGAAGAACGGUGAAUCUCUCGGAGGGACUGACACGACUUCUUGCGCACUAUCGGCCGGCAGUGAAGCGCGUCACAUAUGCUGCUGGCGGCAAAAUGACGUGUUGUGCUUUUUUUUUUUUUGACGCAGCUCAAUUGCAUCGUUAGCGACACCACAAGGGUCACUAUUAAGCCUAUGCCACGUGUCAGUGCGGUUGUUAACUGACCGAGUCGUUCGAACCGUGUCUUGAUCGCCGCGUUGCCACGGACACGGUGAAACAAUCACAAGCGGACCGAAGACGCCCAUUAGCUAUAUGAUCACGUUUGCGAAUACAGUUGCACAUAGUGUGCGCUCCCUCUAAUCAUUUUCGGUGCAAUGCGGUGCAUAACUCUACAGCCCUGUGGACUGUCAGAUCGGUCGACUCUGGUGGCGUUAAACGUUUCGUUAUGAUGCUGGGUUGUGUCUGCCGUAGCCGCUUCUCUUCGUCGGGACAAUUUCGGUGGCGCUAGCAGGUUUCAGCUCUGCGCCCUUCAUUGUUAUUUUUUUACACGUUUCCUGUACAGUCACUGCGUAAUUGUCACAAGCCCGUUUCCAGUGCGAUGCAACUUUCUGAGCGUGUGUGUUCGCGAGUGCUGUAUGCAAAAGUAGAAGAGCAGCUACCGGUUGUGAGCCAUCCGCAAAGUCUAUGCAUUGAAAACCAUUGAUCUCUGAUGCCACCGGUAGGCGACGAGUCAUCACUGACGCAGACACGGAACUGCGCCGCCCCGGCAGACGCGCUGUAUGAAACACACGCAAGCCGAGCAUAAAUUAUCCACUCGAAGCUUUGCUAUGUAAAAACAUAACUGGUGCACAGAGAGUACUCGCGACUCUCCCGGCGUCACGUGACAUACCUCCUUGUGCUUUCGGCUCUGGCAUGUUUUCCUUCGGUGCGCAAUUGAUUGCCUCAGCUUAACGUGGCCUACUCUUCGUCGGAGGCCUGCUAAGCAUUGGAAGGUGCUGUGAAUUCCACUUCGAAAUCCGACCCUCUUUAGCGUACGAGUGCUAGAACGACGUGAACAAGAUUGCGCAGGAGUGUCAACAUACGACUUUAUUCUUGUUAGACUACGCGUGCACCUGCGUCGGGCUGCCUUCGACAUAAAAACACUCCUCCUCGCU